CAGAAGGAUGAAUUGUGGCAGAGGAGUGUCCUCUGUCAAGAGCGGCUAAGGGUGGUGGGGUGAUUUCUCCGAGGGAAUUUCGGGUAUCAUUCAAUGAGAACGUGAAUGAAGGGGAAGGGGUUCAAGGCCAGCAGUGCACUAGUGCACGACAAUGAUGUCCAUGCUCUUGGACCCCCCUCAGCAGCUGGAGAUGAUGUAGGGCAUGAAUUCGAGGAGGACGAUGAGGACCCUUUCUUAGAGGAUGAUUUGCCCGAGGAUUACAACAACAAGAUUAAGUGUAGCCCGUUAACUAUCAUGCAGUUGGUGAGUUUUGCUCUGAUUGUUACAUCUUUAUGUUGUAUUUUAGCCAUCCCCGUGUUAAGAAAGAUAUCUAUUGGUGGUCUCGAAUUGUGGAAAUGGGUCUUGAUGGCCUUGCUGUUGAUCUGUGGGAGGAUCAUAUCUGGCGGGGUGAUUAGAGUGGCAAUCGUGUUUAUGGAGAGCACUUUUAUACUGCGAAAGAGGGUGCUGUACUUUGUAUAUAGUUUGAGAAGUUCCGUGCAGAAUUGCGUUUGGUUGGGUUUGGUUUUGAUAAGUUGGCUAUGCAUAUUCGGCACGAGGCUUAAGAAGGUUGCGGAAGGGGCAAUACUCCCACAGGUGACUCGACUUUUGAUAUGCUUGUUUGUGGGAACGUUGAUACGGCUAGCAAAGACUGUUGCGAUUAAGGUCCUUGCUAUGUCAUUUCAUGUCCCUGCAUAUUUUGAUCGGAUUCAAGGGUCUCUGUUCAAUCAAUACGUGAUUCAGACAUUGUGUGGCGGCCCUCCGUUGAUGGGGAAUGUGCGUGAACUAGAGAAGGAGAAUAAGAGCCAUACUUCAAUGUUUUCAAGAAUCAUCAUGUCAAAGAAGGGCAAGGUUGAGGAGAGAAGAAUCAGCCCUGAUUACUUGAGUAGGCUCACUGAGAAGAACAUUUCAGCAUGGAAUAUGAAGAGACUGAUGGGGAUUGUUCGGAAAGGUAUGCUGUGGACUUUAGACGAACAGAUGAAUGAGUGCAGAGGUAGAGAUGAAUCUGCAGUGCAGAUUACGAGUGAGAGACAGGGAAAUGUUGCAGCCAAGAAGAUUUUUCACAAUGUGGCUAAGCCAGGCUCUGUGUAUAUUUACAAAGAGGAUCUCCUAUGCUUUAUGAGAGAAGAUGAGGCAUUGAAAGUGUUGCAUCUGAUUGAAGGUGGAAGUGAUGAUGAGACCAAGGGGAUCAGUAAAGGAGCUCUGAAAAAUUGGGUCAAAGCAUUUCGGGAACAGAGAUUUCUUGCAUUGUCUCAAAAGGACACCAAAACUGCAGUGAAUAAAUUGCAUCACAUGUUGAACUUUUUUGUAGCAGGGCUUGUGGCUGUCAUAUGGCUCCUUAUACUGCAAGUUACAACUGUGAAAUUUUUCAUCGCUUUAUGUUCUCAGAUUGUAGUGGUGGCAUUCGUGUUUGGAGACACUGCAAAGAGAGCAUUUGAGGCCAUCGUUUUCUUAUUCAUAAUGCAUCCCUUUGAUGUGGGUGACUGUGUUUUAAUGGAUGGAGUUUGGGUAAAUAAAAUAAAGUUUUCUUGAUUAGUACAAUAAGAUUUCCUUCCUCGUGUUUCCUUCUUUAUUUUCAUGAUUCCUUACAAUGUAUAUCUCCUAGGCCUAGCCUCCAUCAUUAUAUAUAACAGUGUUUCUAAGACAGGAUAACAGUUUGUAAUCACAUUUGAUUUUCUGUUUUUGGAUUUCAGAUGGUGGUGGAGGAAAUGAAUUUAUUAACAACAG